AUGGCUGUCAAUGAGUUCAUGGGAGACCUUGAUAUCCCAACAAUUCCAGCAUCCCCUUCAAGCAUCUUGCUGCCCACCGCAGCUCGAAACUAUGAGCUUAAAUCUUCUCAUCUUAAUAUGUUGCCUUCCAUUUAUGGUGUGACGGAAGAUCAACUUCAAAUGAGAGUGUUUCCUUACACUUUGAAAGAUAAGGGAGCCAUUCAGAAGAAGUUCUUGGAGAAAUACUUCUCCACACAAAAAACCGACAUGUUUAAGGACAAGAUCUUGUUAUUUGCACAGCAAGAUGAUGAGUCAUUUUGUGAAGCAUGGGAAAGAUUCAAUGGGCUGCUCAAUCAAUGUCCUCAUCAUGGGAUUCCAUUGAAACUUCAAAUGCAAGGUUCUUAUAAGACCAAGACUCCAGAAGAAAUGUAUGAACUCUUUGAGGAGAUAGCAAUGGAGACCCAACACACCGAUACAAGAGAUGCUUUUCUUGCAUUGAACUCAAGAAACUCUUCGAAAGAAGUGUGUAGCAUAUGUGAAACUCAUGAUCAUCCUACAACGGCUUGUCCACUUGGGGUUGCAUAUCCAGAAUUUGUGCAAGAGCCAGCUAAGUUGGUAAAUUCCUACAACCGAGGUCCAAUAAAUGAUCCAUAUUCUCAAAGUUAUAAUCCAAGUUGGAGGAAUCAUCCAAACUUUUCAUGGAGGAAUACACAGAAUCAAGCGAAUCCCCCUUCACUCUAA